GCCGCCAUGGCGGGCCCGGGGCCCGGCCGCGGCCGCUCCGCCCAGGCGCUGCAGCGGCGCUGCCCGCAGGGGCCGGCGGGGGAUUGCCUCUCAGGAGCAUUGCAUACCAAAUGUAAGAGCAGAAGCUCCCUAGUUUACAAAGAGUCAGAACUUACUGAAACUGGAAGAGAGAAGAGUAUCAGAUCUAGUGAUUUCCAGAAAAGUUUGAAAAACUGGGAUUGUUUUGAUGAUGAGCAAGAUUAUUUUUGUGGUUCAAGUGGUCUAGACAUAGAAGCAAGCAGCAUUAUUUGCUCUGAAACUGAUGCAAUUCAAAAUGCAGCUGUAUACAUGGGAACAGGCCUCACUUUACCAUCUCAUUUGUCUGCAAAUACUCAAGAAAAUAUGCACCGCGUUAUCAACCAUGGUUUGUUAAAGAAACUCGUGCAUGGAACUGGUGCUCAGGCAUGCAAUAGGCAAGGUUUAAUACCACAUCACAUCAGUCAAAUUUACAAUGAAUUAUUUGUCAUACAUCAGAAGCUCCAGAGAGAAAGUUCAGCACAGCAGGAGUAUGCUCUGCAACUGCAGAAACGAGAACAUUGUCUAACAGAACAAGAAGCAUUAUUUUUUCAACACGAAGCAGCUUUGGCUAAAAUAAGAGGUGUUGAGGAAGAAGUUCACACAAAAAUUGCAGCUAUAAAAGAGCAACAUGAGGCAGAAGUUAAGCAGCUGACAGAAGCCUUGAGAGAAAUAACUAAAGAAAAUAGGAGGCUGAAGUCAUCAUUUGACAGCUUGAGGGAUGUGAAUGACUCUUUAAGAAAGCAGUUAAGUGAUGUAACUGAGUUGAACAAGAAGUUGGAAGGUCAAGCACGAAAAGCAAAAGCUCGUUUAGAAAAUCUACAAAGGAAGCAUGAAUUUUCAAAGGUACGGAAAUCUAAUGAUUUGUGUCAAGUGAUGAAAGAAGGCAAACCUGUGAAACAGGAGAAAGUGAUGGCAACAUCAAGAACUGCUGUGCUGCCAUUGAAUUCACAAGUCUAUGAGCUCUUAACUUACCUUAUGGAUUGGAUCUCUGACCAGCAUCUUAGCAAAAUAAAAACUCAAGAAGCAAGAGAGGGCAGUCAUAAACCUAGGGUUACCCAGAGCUCAAAGAACCCCUGUACUCAGGAAAAGUGUAUGAAGCUUUUGCCUAUAGCUACUGAGCAACUCCAGUGGAUGCCAUACGUGAAUCCUAAACUGCACGUGCCUGUGAUUAAAUUUAUUUACUGGUCUAUAAGACAGUUAGACACCGAUAUACAGCACACAACAAUGAGAUCAACCAUGAGGAGACUUGGCGAAGAUAUUUUCAAAGGCAUAGUGAGUAAGGGAAACCCACACAGUUCUUCUGAACAGUCUACAGAAAGUAAAUCAAAAUCAGCAGCUUUCUUUAAGAGUUUCUGUAUGCCUCUGAGGUUUCUGUCAACUUUGAUUGUGCUUAAAACAGUGAAACAAGUGGAUUACCUGGCUCAGGCAUUUGAGUCCCUUCGCGUAGACUUGAAGACAGAUGAGGGGAAGGCCUUAUUUUUGGAGUACCAAUGUGUGCCUGUCAUAUUAAGUCACCUAAAAGUAUCCAGUACAAGUCUGCUUUCCAGUGCUCUUGAUGGAUUACUUCAGAUGACCAUGGAAUCUGGUUCCUUACAGCCUUUCCUGGAAGCUUGUAGUAAUGAAUCCUUCUUCCGGACUUGCUCUGUAUUGCUUCAAAGUUCUAAGCUAGAUAUUGCAGUUUUGGAAAAGCUCUGUGUUAUACUGCAAAAGCUCUCCAGAAUAAAAAGCAAUAAGAAGCUAUUUGAAUUGUUUGGUCUUCAUCGAAUGUUCCAAGAACUGCGUAGAACUAUAGAUCCAGGUCACACCUUCCUCUGUAUAAACCUCAAUUCAAUUCUGCUGAAUUUGGAAUUCUUGAGGAGUAACUCUCUUGACUCCAGUCUAAGUGCAAGUCCGUAGCACAAGGUUUCAAUCUAAUUAUUGUUCUGUAUAAUUUAUACCAGCUGCCUAUGUUACUUGAAAUUUGGAGUUGGUUUUUUUUUUUUUUUUUAAAAUACUGAUUUGUAGAAAUACAUUAAGCAGCACCUCAAUAAUGUGUAAUUUGCUGUGUAUUGUGUGGAUUCUCACUUAUAUUUCACUCAUUCAUAAAAAGGAAAAUGAAAAACUUUGUAAUAUGCUAGAUGGCUUUCUUCAAUAUUUUCUAAAGUGAAAUAAUGCUGCUGUUGUGAGUGACUCAUGCAAUGUAAGCAAUUGAAUCCUUAGAGUAAGCAGAUCAGAAAUACCAGUCUUUCCUUACAGGUAUGAAUCUUAGUUACUUUUGACUCUUCAGAGAGUUUUAUAAAUUCUUUAAUUUACUUUAUGGUUGAUAAGUAGCAGACAGGUAUCUUAGCAGAUUAUCUUUUGAUAAACCUGCAGUUUUAAUGAUUAAAACCAGAUUUUAAUUUAACAUAACUAGAUGUAUUGAAUAAGAAAUUUUGUUGGUUUGAUUUCAGAAUUUUCUUAGAGUUUGUUUGAUCUUUUCCUGUAUUUAAGUAACAUUUAGUAUUUUAUCCUGCUUUGUAUAGUGCAACUUUGGAUGGUAAUAUCUUUGCA